AUGACGGCUUCCCCUGUCAAAGGCAGUAUCCUGCUCAUCAAUGGCCCUAAUCUCAAUCUCCUCGGGACGAGAGAACCUGACAAGUACGGUACCACAACCCUAGCAGAGGUUGAGGCCCACGCCCAAUCGCAGUGCCAGGCAGCUGGCGCCGGAUGUCAAUCCUAUCAAUCAAACCACGAAGGCGCAAUCGUGGACCGGAUUCACGCCGCAAGGAUCGACGGUACGACAAAGACGAUCGUCAUCAAUGCCGGCGCCUACACCCACACCAGCGUAGCCAUCCGAGACGCUUUGGUCGGCGUCGGCUUGCCAUUUGUCGAGGUCCACCUAGACGAGGCGACGACUUGA